UUCCGGUGCGGAAACAUGGCCGCGGCCGUGCAGGACUCACGUGGGAGUGCGGGGAGAAAGCUGAAAAAUUCCUUAAAGAAGAAGAAGAAGAAGAAAAUGGUAGCCAAGGCUGUAGCAUCGGAGCUGGAGGACGAGAACGAAGACCCUGACGGCCUUGGAGGGUCUCCAGGAAGGCGAGCCUCCGACGAGGAAGCGGUGGAGGCCGACAAUGAAGACGAGGCCGGCCCCGGGGACAGGGACAGGGAAGACGCCCGCGGGGACGCCAACGCGGGCUGGGCAGACGCCAUGGCUAAGAUCCUGAACAGGAAGAUGCCCGCGAGCAAGCCCACCAUCCUGGCCAGGAGCCGAGAGCUGGAGAGGGAGAAGGAGAAGGAGAAGCAGGAGAGGCUGGAGAGGCGGAAGCAGCUGGACAGGAAGCGGGAGUGGGAGAUGCUGUGCCGCGUCAAGCCUGACGUCGUCAAAGACAAGGAGACGGAGCGGAACCUGCAGAGGAUCGCCACCAGGGGCGUCGUGCAGCUGUUCAACGCUGUUCAGAAGCACCAGAAGAACGUGGACGAGAAGGUGAGGGAAGCCGGAGGUUCCGAGAGGAAGCGUGCCAAGCUCAUCUCCACGGUGUCCAAGAGGGACUUCAUCAGCGUGCUCAGGGGCAUGGACGGUGGUGCGCGUGAGCCGGACGCCGCAGGAAGGGGCGCGAAGGCCCGACAGACCGAGGCGAAAGAAGAGGGCCCCGGCUGGACCAUCCUGCGCGACGACUUCAUGAUGGGGGCGUCCAUGAAGGACUGGGACAAGGAGAGUGACGGCCCGGACGGCGGCGGCAGCCCGGGGCCGGGCAGUGGCGCCGAGGCGUGAGGCCCGGGGUGUGUGCGGGAGGCGGAGCGCGGAGCCGCGUUACGUCUCCCGGAGGACCACCCGUGCCCGGAGGGAGGGGCGUGGAGGACCCGGUCGGGAGCCACCCAGCGGAGGACCUUCCCGCGACCAGCUCUGCGGUGUCCCCUCUUCACCGGAGCUUGGCCGGAGCCGUGUCUUCAGACUCCUGUGCUUGUAAGCCUUGCGUCUGCGUGCCCAGCGAGACACACACUGUGCCACGGUCGUCGUGGGUUAACGUGCUGGCCGUGGGUGUUUGGUGUUUUGUUUCAUUGUUGCCAGUGUUCCUAGAAAGACAACGUCCUUUAUCAUUAAAAUGAGCUCCUUGAAGUUCAAGUAUUCAGCUUACAGCCCCGUGAGUGUGUACUUCCAGUCUGGGGGGAAGGUUUGGGGUUGGUUUUGGUGGGAGCUUUUGAGAAAACUUACGCAGUGAAGUUUAAAAUGAUAAUACUUUUGAUUUGGGGUGAUAAAUUUAUUUCCUAAGACAUUCUGGCACUUAUGAUGUACAAGACAUUAAAUCUCUACUUUCACAUUAUAUUUUACAUACUAAGCACUGCACAUAAGUAAUGACGGACGAUUUCCGCGCUGGGAUGUUCUUGCCUGAGGCUGGCCGAGGUCUCCCCUCCCGCUGGCGCCAGGAGGCGCGCUCCCCAGGGAAGCUCGUGGGGCGUGUUUUAGUCCCUCGUCUUCGUGAGUACUCACGUCUUCCUCCUCCGUUCUCUCUCGUGGUCGUGCUGGAGUAGCUGACGGCAGUCCCCGUCGGAAGACGGCAUCCGGCCCGGGACGAGUCCUUGACUGUUGCCCUCAGGACUGCUAGAUUCGGGCUACUCAGUCCGGUAGUUGUAGUGUCCUGUCGUUAAAUGACAGGCGAAGACAGAGUAGGACACUCCAGAAUUUCUGUGAAACGGCCCGAGAUCUAAAUCGGCCGGGGAACUAUAUUGAACAGCUGCGAUCCGUUCCUCUUUCCUUGCAGGCCCCGCCCCUCUGCCCACCUCUGGGAACUGCCCUCUCCUGCCGGCGGGCCGCGGGCAUGGAUUUGUAUCUGUUCCACUGCGAGGGGGCCUCCCCAGGGGUUCCCGGGGGGAGGAGGAGGCGGCGGCGUGUGUCUGUAGGCCCGUUCUCGGGCCACAAAGAGUGUGACGCAGCUGAAGUUCAGCGAGGCCGCCGCCCGGCGUUUGUCGUAAAGGAAGGUCGUUUUGAAAACAAGUGUUUGUAGCACCUGAAAACCUUUUUUCCUCCAAAGUUAAACAUUGUGCUUUAUUUUUGUUGUUAUUAGUCCCUGCAUCAUACUAAACCUUCGUGAAAACUCCAAAUAGUGCAUUUGGUGGGUAGAAACCAGCAAAUAUUGUCACUUCUCAUUUAUUGAACAGUUGUCUUUUAAAUGUGCACAUAUACUCAUUGUACAGUCUGCAGUUUAAUUCAGAAAAAGUGAACAAGAUCUCCAAACUGAGGGUGAGGAAAAGGAUAUUUACAGAUUUCUCUAUUUCUGAAAUUAUUUUAUUUCAAAAUAAAAUUGAGUUGCCACUAUAAAAACAUCCUGUUACAGACUAUAAAGCUUAUAUAAAUUACAUGAAAUAAAUCAUACCAUACAGA